UCAGAGGUGGCCUCUGAGAGACAGUAGAAAUUCGGACUUAAAUAUCCCUGGCUAAAAAUGGCAUUGUACCAAAUAGUUUGUUCAUGUCUGUUCUCUAAUUUCAACAGUGAAUCAAGGCUGUAUGAAGAUGUCUGUAGCUUACUUUACGGGAUAGACAAGAAGAAAACAUAAUAAAACAUGAUAGAUUAUGUAGCCUUUUAUACAAAAGGUGGUAUAUAAAUCUGUUUUACCACCAGUUUUCGUGCUCCUCACCCGGUAAAUACCAGUAUUCGGCUUUCUCGGCUUCAUUUCCGCUGGUCGUUCAUUCGCCUGGAACUUGAAGUGGGUGUUUCUGGUAGCACUUGAAGGCAGCAGUAGCGUUUGCUGAACUCGUGCUGAGCAGAAAAGCCUCGCCGACUUCAACGAUGAGCGUAAAGCAAGCAUGUUCGGCUAGUUUGAAUGGAAGUUAACUUCAGUGAAACUGCCCCUAAUAUUCACCACAUGUGCUCAUUGGGUUUCCGACGCACUGUAUUAAAUGGAGCUAGAGGACCAAUGGUGGAGAGGACAACUGGCUGCAGAUAUAUACCAGGCGCUACGGUACAAAGAGCUCAAGUUGCCGUCCUACAAAGGCCAGUCCCCUCAGCUCAACUUGAGACGAUACUUUGCAGACCUCAUAGCCAUUGUCAGCAACCGCUUCAGGCUGUGUCCUGCAGCCAGACACCUGGCCGUCUACUUACUGGACCUCUUCAUGGACCGCUAUGAUGUCACGGUGCAGCAGCUUCACAUGGUUUCCCUCUCCUGUCUUCUGUUGGCUAGUAAAUUUGAAGAAAGGGAAGACCGGGUUCCAAAGCUGGAGACCCUGAACAGCCUGGGCUGCAUGAGUUCCAUGAAUCUGGUCCUGACUAAGCAGGGUUUACUACACAUGGAGCUGCUCCUGCUGGAAACCUUCCAGUGGAACCUAUACCUCCCAACAGCCGCUCAUUUCAUAGAAUACUACCUGUCUAUUGCCGUCCAUGAGGGAGACCUCCAUGAUGGCUGGCCUAUGACCUGCCUGGAGAAGACUAAAUUAUACAUGGCCAAGUAUGCUGAUUAUUUCCUGGAGGUUUCCUUGCAAGAUCAUGUGUUUUUGUGUUUUGCCCCCUCCCUGGUGGCUGCUGCGUGUGUGGCCGCCUCCCGCCUUAUCCUCCACCUGUCCCCUACAUGGCCACCCCGACUGCAGCGCCUCACGGGCUACACAUGGGAGAACCUGGUCCCAUGCGCUGAGAAACUACUCAUGGCGCAUGACAGUGAUGUUAAAGAGGCCAAUAAGCAGAAGUGCCUGCAGCCUGGGCAACAACAGCAGCAGCAGCAGCAACAGCAACAGCAACAGCAGCAGCAGCAGCAGCAGCAGCAACAGCAGCAGAUGAUGUACCACAGUUCAGGCCAGACAGCCACUGUGGCCCAGUACGUGCACCGGCCCGCCGGCGUGCAGUAUCCCCAGCAGGCUAACCACAGGCCUGCCUCCUACCUCAGCCACUCCACCACCAGCCUGCAGGCUCCGAGCGUCCCCCAGCACAGCAACGCCCAGGCCAUCACUGCCUCCCUGGAUCCAAAGUCCAACAUUACCAACAGGGCUUACCAAGUCAGCAUGCACUACACCUGCGCUGCCCCGUGCUUUGACAGAUGAUGGAUUUUCAGGAUUUAGUCAUUUGUGGGGAGGUAGAGAAAAGAGAUGGUAAUCUGUUUCUCUUGAACGUAACAAAAUUCACUGAAGUAAAAAGCGUGUUUUUAAUUUGAAGAGACUUGAUGGUGCAGCACUUUGAACCAUAAGGUGUACCCAAUGUGCAAUAUGCAUACUCUGCUGUAGUUUUCUGUGGAGAGCCUGCGUGAGGUUUUUUUUUUUUUUUUUUUUUUUUUCCCCCCAAGAUGUUUGAGAUAUCAUGAAUGAAUGUUGUUGUGAGGUGACUAGAGGCAGAGUUUGCACCACUGGACCCACUAGUGUUACUGUAUAAUUUAGCUACAGACCAAAAAUCUUGUAUUUAAUUAAGCCAAAGUACCUCAGAAAUAUUGAACGUAUUAACCUUGUGCCUGUAGUCCUUAUGACUAUUACUAUGCUAAGUUAAAAGGGCAGUAACAAAAGGGAUUGAUGUCUGUUUGUGGUUGAGAUAAGAAAGCACAGUUUGUGUAGGUGUUCUGUACCUUGACAGUUUUUGUUUUUGUUUUUUUGUUUUGUUUUUGUUUGGUUUUUUUGUGUUGUUGAGUGUCAUUUGUAGAACUAGGAAAGAAUGUACUGCUCUAGAUCUCACAAUUUAUUUGCAGAGAAAAUUGUUGCUCUUCUGUACACAGAGGAUUUCAGUCAGUGCUGUGCACUUCUACGAUGAUUGUUUUAAAUAAAAUACAAAUCUGUGUUGGUUGAACUGA